AUGCUACCCUGGGCAUUCAUUACGCAGGUACCGAUCCUAUUUGUUUUUACAAAGUACGUAUUUUUAGUUAAUGCAGAGGUCCGUUAUUCAAUUCCGGAGGAACAGGCGAGAGGGGCUUUCAUAGGUAAUAUUGCUAAAGAUUUGGGAUUAGAUCAUCAGAGACUGAAAACAGGGAAAGCUCAUAUAUAUACCGAUGGAGGCACCGAAUACGUAGAGCUAAAUGUAAAUAAAGGGAUUUUAGUUGUUAAAGACAGAAUUGACAGAGAGCAGAUCUGCGGUAAAAUAACCCCUUGUUUAUUAAAUUUUCAGAUUAUUCUUGAAAAUCCUAUAGAAUUUCAUAGAGUAACUAUUGAUGUCACUGAUAUAAACGACAAUAAUCCAAUUUUUUCAAAAAAUAACAUUCAGUUAGAAAUUAAUGAAUUAUCUCCUCCAGGAGCAAUUUUUUCCCUGCCGAAUGCUAUAGACAGCGAUGUGGGUGCAAACAGCUUGAAAUCAUACACACUCACACCAAAUGAUCAUUUUAAGUUAAAGGUGCAGACGCAGUCUGAUGGCAGCAGCACGGUUAAUCUAUUGUUAGAAACGCCUUUGGACAGAGAAACACAAGAAGAGCAUGUUCUAGUUUUAAAAGCGGUCGACGGAGGGGAACCUCAGCGUUCUGGAACAGUUGAAAUAAAAAUUAUUGUUCUCGACAUCAAUGACAAUGCUCCUGUUUUUACUCAGGAGGUGUAUAAAGCUUCUGUCAGAGAGGACUCGUUGAUCGGUUCUGUUCUGUUAAAAGUACAGGCAAAUGACGCAGAUAAAGACAUAAAUGGGCAAAUAAAGUACGUUUUCGCCCACGUCCCAGAUAAUGCCAAAGAUUUAUUUGAAAUAAAUCCAGAUUCAGGAGAGAUCAAAAUGAUUGGCCAAAUCGACUAUGAAAAUACUAAAAUAUACGAAAUGACAGCAGAUGCGAAAGACAUUAGUGGUUUUGUAAGUUCUAGUAAAGUUAUAAUUGAAGUAAUUGACGUAAAUGACAAUGCGCCAUUAAUUAAUCUCAUGUCAGUCUCAAGUCAGAUCUCUGAAGACUCUUUACCUGGGUCAGUAAUAGCAAUUUUUAACGUGCAAGAUAAAGAUUCAGGAAAAAAUAGUAAAAUCAAUUGUUUUAUUAAAAAUAAUAAUCAUAUCCCUUUUAAAUUGACAUCGUCUUUAAAUAACUUUUAUACUGUACAAACCGAUGGGUUUCUAGAUCGUGAGAAAGUGCCGCAGUACAACAUUACUAUUGUAGCUAAAGACGAUGGAGAGCCUUCACUUUCAGCCACUCAGACAAUCACGCUGCAGGUUAGUGAUGUCAAUGAUAAUGCCCCAAAAUUUGAAAAAGAGCAUUACAAAACAUAUAUCACGGAAAAUAAUGCACCAGGAUCUUCAUUUUUUUCGGUUCGAGCAAACGAUGAUGACUCGGGUCUCAACAGUAGAAUUUCUUACUUCAUUACAGAGACAGGAAUUAAUAACAUCUCAGUUUCAUCAUUUGUGUCUAUUAAUUCAGACGAAGGUGUCCUCUAUGCUGUGCGUUCAUUCGAUUAUGAAGAGCUGAAUCAUUUUCAAGUGUCUGUGAUAGCUAAAGACAGAGGGUCUCCACCUCUCAGUUCCAGUGUAAUAAUAGAUGUUUAUGUUCAGGAUCAAAAUGACAAUCAUCCAGAGAUUUUAUAUCCACUUCUCAAUAAAGGAUCUCCCGUUGCUGAAUUCAUACCUCGUUCUGCAGAUGUUGGCUAUCUGGUUACUAAAGUUGUGGCUGUUGAUAAAGACUCUGGACAGAAUGCUUGGCUUUCUUAUAAACUCAUAAAAGCUACUGAUCAGACACUUUUUGACGUGGGCUUACAUAAUGGAGAACUAAGAACUCUCCGACAAAUUAUGGAGAAGGAUUCUACAAAGCAAAGACUAACUGUUCUAGUAGAAGAUAGCGGACAGCCUUCUCAUUCAGCGACAGUCAAUGUCAAUGUUGCAGUCACUGAUAACUUUGCAUUGGCGAUUUCGGAAUUCAGUGAUUUUACACAAGAGAAAAACAGUAAAGCAGCAUGA